UGUCUCUGUGGCGCCAUGUCGGCGCUCUGCGGAGCUUCAGCGCCAUGACUCCCCGAGCCGAGCGGACUGUUGUGGAGCAGCGAGCUGCGGACAUGAGGAGGGGGACGAGGCGGGGACACCACCGACUGCUCUGCGGCGGCUCUCUGUAGCGGACGAGGACGAAGGAGAGCCGCCGUCCGGACGCUUCGAUUCGGCACCACUGAGGACGGAAACAUGAGUUCACUCCAGAAGAAGCAGAGACCAGCGCCUCGACCUCGACCUCACCGCUGCCACGAGUGCGACAAGGCCUUCCGGAGCCCCGGGGAGCUGCGCAGCCACCGGAGGAUGCACACCGGCGAGCGGCCGUACGGCUGCGAGCACUGCCAGAAGACCUUCCCGUCGCUCAAACACCUGAAGCAGCACCGGCUCAUCCACAGCGACGAGCGGCCGUACGGCUGCGACCAGUGCGACAAGGCCUUCGCCUCGUCCUCCAACCUGAAGGUCCACCGGAGGAUCCACACCGGGGAGAAGCUCUACAGCUGCCAGGACUGCGGCAGGAGCUUCAGCCAGCAGGGGAACUUCAAGCGCCACCGGAACAUGCACACCAAAGAGGAGACCUUCCCCUGCCGGCAGUGCGGCGCCGCGUUCAGCAGCCGGAGCUCCUACCUGGUCCACCAGAGGAUCCACACCGGCGAGAGGCCGUACGAGUGCCGCUACUGCGCCAAGGGCUUCAUCACCGUGUCGGACCGCACCGUGCACGAGCGCGUGCACACCGGGGAGAAGCCCUACAGCUGCGAGGAGUGCGGCAAGAGCUUCUCCCAGCUGGGCAGCUACAAGAGCCACAAGAACACCCACACCAAGGAGAACAUCUACUACUGCGACCAAUGCCAGAAGAUCUUCACCUCCAGCGGCUCCUACCUGCACCACAAGAGGACGCACUCGCAGGCCCGGCGCUACAGCUGCGAGGACUGCGGCAAGACCUACAAGAACCUGGCGUCCGUCAAGAAGCACAAGCUGACGCACGGCGGGGUGAAGGCCCACCGCUGUCCGCACUGCCACAAGUGCUUCUACACGCUAGGGGACCUGUCCAAACACCUGCGCGUCCACACCGGGGACAAGCCCUACAGCUGCCGCAAGUGCCGCAAGCAGUUCGCCUGGAAGGUCCAGGAGAGGAAGCACAAGUGUGUGUCGGAGGAGGCGUGAGGACGGAGGAGCACCAGCUGAUCGAUCACCAAGCUUCACACUGCUGACUAAACACACUCCCACACAAACACACACAUUCAGUAUUAAACACGGGUUGGUAUUUGAUAAAGAAGCAACAGUUCCACAACGAAAAUGUUGUUUCCUGAUUUUACUUCUGAUUUCAAAAUUACUCAUAGUUGUGUGUGUUUCUUCUCACUGGUGCUCAGUUAGCAGUGAGCCCGGCGUGAGACCGGCCUCAGAGCGCAUCGACUCCAUCAAACCAACAUCCCAGCAAACCCAGGCACCGUUUCCACGACGACGUUCUCAAGGCAGGUUCUCGAAAAUGCUCCGUCUGCAUGGAAAUGGGCAAAACGCAACUUUUUGAAUUUGCUCCGUCUCUGUGGAAAUGUGAAAAAUGCAUUUGUUUGGAAAGGAUAGAUCUCCAUGGAAACCGGGAGGAAAAAGCUACUUUUUGACAACUCCGUCGCCGUGGCAACAAGGAUAAAGCAACAUUUGAAAACACUGUCUCCAUGGAAAUGGGGCAAAACACAAAUUUUUGAAAACCCUCUGACUCCAUCUUCUUGGAAACGGGGAAAAUUCAAGUUCUUUAAAACUCUGCUUCUGGUCCUGCUCCUUGUUCUUGUCCUGAUCCUGAUCCUGGUCUUGGUCCUUCUCCUUGUCCUGGUCCUGCGUUCCAGUCGCAGUGAACAGUAUUUUGCACAUGCUCGGUAGACGGACAGUCAGAACAAUGUUUUCCUCCAGACUGACCAGAUGCAGGGAUCAUAUCAGGAAGUGUUCAGUGGACUGAUGGAGGAUCAGCUGUUCCUCUGAGCAAUGCGUUUUUUCCUCCUUUAUAAUCUCUUCAGUGAUCGGUUGAUCUUUGAUCUGUUGCCUUUUCUUGGUGAAGUUCUUAGUAACGUUGCUUCGGUUCGAUGUUCUGAGAGUUCAGUUAAAAACAUCUGAUCUGAUUCUCAUGUUGAGUUUUUAUUGUUCCAGCAGCUUCAGUCUGCUUCAUCCAGCCAGCAGGGGGAGCUGCAGGGAAGAUUUAGAGCUCCAAGAGCUGCUCCAGUUCCUGAUGAAACAAUGACUCAACUUUAACUGCAUAUUUAUCAGAGAUGUGAUCACUGUGUUGAGGAUAUCAAAUCAGACAGCAGAGGAUUAAUCAGCUUAUUAGAAGUUUUAAUUGCACAUUAUUAACCUGAGGAAACGUUCUACAGAAAACAAGAAUGAAAAACAUCAAACAGAGCAGCUCAGUGGAAAUAGAGAAGCCUGGACUGAAGGUUAAACAUUUUUUUCUCUCCUCUGACCAACGAACAGCUGAACAGAAAAUACAGCAACGCAUUAAAUCCAUCUCAGAACUAAAAUAAAGAAACAGUAUCUCAAUAGUCUCUGAUAUAAAUCAAUAGUCACACAAUGACUCCACGCCACACUAAAAACAAAAAUACAAUAAAAAGUUCUGCCCUACUGCUAAAUUUAUAAACCAACUAGGAGUGUAACGGUACACAAAAGCCACGGUACGGUACAUACCUCGGUGUAAGGGUCACGGUUCGGUACGUUUUUUGGUACAGUGGGGAAAAAGUAACAAAAGCUCACAAAUGUACCAGAACAUCUUUCCCAAGCUUUCCCACGCAGGUCUACCAACUCCACAUGCUGCAUCUCUUCCGCUUGUACUUUCUUCUUCAUUUGUUCAUGUUUGGACCUGCUUGCUCUUCUUCUUCUGUGGUAAUGGUGGUCGCCGGCAGCUUUUAGGCUCAUUACCGCCACCUAAGGUUGGAAUCAGGAUUCGCUUUUUUUCAACUCACUCAUGUAUUCGUCGUGUGAUUGUGUGUACCGACCCUUACAAAUACCGUUACACUCCUAAAACCAACCAUAAAAAUUAUUAAUCUGUUGUUAAUAAACCGUUACCAAGACGAUCACAGCAGUCCAUUUCAAAUAAAAGCACUCCUUGCUCAGAUUAAAUAGUAAAAAUAAAAAAAAAUUAACAAAAUAUCAUGAGGCUUCAAAGGGUGACGUCACACCGCAGUGCAUGCUGGGAUUUGCAGGCAGCUGAAAAGUUUGUUUACUGCAGUAAAGGUUGUUUAUGAUGCUGUCCUUCUUCUGUCUCGUUAAAUCUGUUUAACAAAUUAAAAACAUGCUGCAGACCUGCCCAGUUAAUAAUAAGGAUCGAUCACACAUAAGGGCAACGAUCAGUGUGUCAGUCAUAACCGUCUGGACAGCAGAGUCUGAAAUGUUCAGACAGGCUAAUCUUGUCCAUUUGGAUGCUUUACCUUUUAGUGAUUUAUUUAUUUAAAUUAAGUCGAUGUCAGGCUGUCAAAAGAGUGAUUUUGUGCGGAUGUUGAUUUGUAGACACUAUUGAGAUACUGCUUAUUAUUUUGAUUACAAUUAAUUGUGUUUAUUUAAAUCGGCUGUUGGAUUCUGUCACUUUGUGUUUGGAGGCAGUUUUAAACCUUCAACUUAAAGCAUUUCUUAGCAGAGAGUCUUAAUUUAUUAUCAAAGAAAAAAACCUUCCUUUUUCACCUUUUGAUUUUCUUUCAAAAUAAAGUCCCAUCCCGACCCACAGGUGGACUUCAGGAAUCCACCUUAAAAAAAAAAGCUGCAACAGUGUGUUGACGAAACCAGGACUCAGCGAAGGAACAACUUUAAGUAUCAGGAGGAAUAAAGUGACAGUGCUGUGAGAGAUUCAACAUAUCAGCUGAGUCUCUGAUGAUACUGCAAAUAGAAAUAAUAGAACCAUGAGCAGAACAAUUUAACACUGACUUGGAUGAGGUCUGGAACAUUUUAAGCUUUAAAGGUGCAUUCAGGAGUUGUUCAACUUUAAAAAUACUUAUCUUCCACCGUAAAUGUGUUACAAAUAUUCAAUGAUGUGUACAAUAUGCCCCGACAUAUUCAUUGCAAG